AUGGCGAAACGACCUGCGGAAGCCUCCCUGGAAGAGACGGUAACGGAUUCAGCUGCGUCGAAGAAAGCGCGUGUUCAGGAUGCGCCCGGUGAGGAUCUCCCACCUCCACCUCCACCUCCACCAGCGGAUCCAGUGCCUGUUAAUGGGCAUGUGAAUGGUAAGUCAGAGGCGGAGCGGGUUGAAGAUGAGGGGGAUGAGGAAGAAGAAGAGGAUGCGGACGAGCGAGCAGCAGCGAGACAGAGCGCACCAGCAGCAGGCUAUUCCGAUCUCUACCUCGACACGAUUUCGCGACCACGCCUAGACUUCGAUUUCGAAAAGCUGUGCUCCGUCACACUCUCCAACAUCAACGUCUACGCCUGCCUCGUGUGCGGCAAGUACUACUCAGGACGAGGACCCAAGACACCGGCGUACUUCCACGCGCUGGAGGAGAACCAUCACGUGUAUAUCAACAUGGAGACGAAGAAGGUGUACGUGUUGCCGGAGGGGUACGAGGUGAAGAACAAGAGCUUGGAUGAUAUCAAAGUCGUUGUGGAUCCGCGGUUUACAUCGGAGGAAGUGAAGGCGCUGGACAGGGAGCCGAAGCCUGCGUGGGAUCUGCUGGGCAAGAAGUAUAUCCCAGGAUUCGUGGGAUUGAACAACAUCAAGGCGAACGACUAUCUCAAUGUCGUGGUGCAAGCGUUGUCGCACGUCACGCCUCUACGGAACUUCUUCAUGCUGGAGGAUCUCUCGUCGCGGCCGGAGCUGGUGAAGCGCUUCAGUAUUCUGGUCCGCAAGAUCUGGAAUACCAAGGCGUUCAAGUCGCAUGUGUCGCCGCACGAGCUCAUACAGGAGAUCAGUAUUCGCAGCGGGAAGAAGUUCUUGCUGACCGAGCAGGCUGAUCCCGUGGACUUUCUGAGCUGGUUUCUGAAUAACUUGCAUUUGGCUCUGGGUGGGAGCAAGACGAAGCCGAAGAGUUCGCUUUUGCAGAAGAUCGUCCAGGGCUCGCUGCGGGUGGAGUCGCAGGAUAUCAGUGCGCGCGCAGAUGUCAGUGAUCGGUUACGGUUCGAGGAUGCAGCGAUCAAGUCGCAGAGCUCGCCGUACAUGAUCCUCACUCUGGAUCUCCCUCCCGCGCCUCUCUUCCAGGACGACGUCGAGAAGAACAUCAUCCCGCAGGUCCCGCUCACGACGAUCCUACAGAAGUACAACGGCAUCACUGCGCAAGAACGCAUGAACACCCGAAUGCGCUACCGCCUCCUUCAUCCUCUCCCACCAUACCUCAUCAUGCACGUCAAACGCUUCCAGCCGAACAAAUUCCUCCAAUCCCAGCGAAAUCCCACCAUCGUCACCUUCAACCCUCGCGCACUGGACAUGUCGCCUUAUAUCGAGCCGGAUCCGAAGCUUCACCCGACCGGGGAACCGGUCAUCUACGAUCUCGUUGCGAACAUCACGUACGAGGGCGUCAAGGUGCGGGAUGAUUCAGUCGAGGGAGAGGCAGAGCGCAAGGUGUGGAAGGUGCAGGUCAAGGAGGGAGGGGAGAGUCAGCAGUGGUGGGAGAUGCAGGAUCUGUUCGUGGAGAAGGUGAAUGCGGAUCUGCUGUCGACGAAGGAGAGUUAUGUCAUGGUGUGGGAGAGGCGAAAGAACAGCAAGGGGAAGGGGAAGGCUUGA